AUGCUAAAGUUCAGCACAGCGUGCUGUGUGGCACUUGCGACCUCCGGGCUUUCUGGCGUUUAUAUUGCGUUCAUGCAAUCUCAUCGGCCGUCCAUUUUCAGGAUCGCUGUGCAUGCAAGGAGCGUUGUGGAUGCAAUCUCCGCGGCAACUACGGCCACGUCCAUGCCCAUGUUAGUGCAUCCGUCCCCGACUCCUACUGUUGCAGGGAUCGCUGUCAAUCCCAUCUCAGCGGAAACCACGACCAUGUCCACGCUCAGGUUGGUGCUUCCGUCCCCGCCUCCCGAGGUUUCGAGGAGCGCUGUGGAUGCAGUCUUCGCGACAACUGCCGCCACAUCCACAUCUGCGCCCACAUCCAGGGCAGCUGCCGCGAAGGAGGCUGUGUCCAAGUUUCUGAAGCAUUGGUCACCCGGCAUCCAGCUGCAAUACCACAACUUGCAUGCCGAGAACAUGUCCAGGUACAAUGUCACUUGCGUGCCAAAGGUUUGGUUGAUGCUUUCUGGGCUAUAUCGAUCCCUAAAGUACGUGCGACCGACGAUGCUGGAUAUGCUGCGGCGCUCAGCAGGAGACUGCUGGUUCGUCACAUUGCUGGCAUCCUCCGGGUCAGGUCACCCACUGGAGGUAUUGGAAGAUGAUUAUCGCUUUUUUGAACGUCGCCUUGGCUUCAUAUCACUUACUAGACACGGCCCUGCUCUCAGGAAGGAUUACAACUAUCCAAUUCAUUGGUAUGGUUGCUGGCUAGUUGCCCACGUGAUUCGAGAGACCUUGCCGCAGACUGCCAUGGAUGCUGGAAGAACGAUUGUCCUGCGCCACCGUCCAGACGCAUGCUUCCGGGCUUGCUUUGACGCGGAUGCGGCGGGACACGUUUUUGCACGGCGUAAAUACAUGAUCCUUGGGCAGCCGUUUUCUGGUGAUAAUGCGCUUACCACCAAUUGGGCAACAUAUGCUGAUAUCAUUGCAGCUGGGCUGAGGCAGAGUCCCACGACGGAACUUUUGAUCAAAAAUCCCGGCAAACGUCAUGAUCUCUACCACGCCGCCUGGGAUAGCAGCUGGAGCGCGUCGGAGUACUGCCACGGCAUUUUGCGCCCUGAUGUCUGUGUGGGCAAAAUUCCAUAUUGCCUCAUGAACAACAACACUCUACCAUGCCGCCCUCCGCUCUUCUUACCCGUCUUAAGUUGGCAGCAACAUUGCCUUUGCCGUCUGAGCAAUUCGAAGACGUCUUCGUGGUGUAUAGACGACAAGCCUCCGGGCCAGCCACUGAAAGACCAGUGCCUCAACAUCACCAAGGGCACGAUGUGUAUCCUCCCAAGGAAGAACUGGAAAUCUUUACCGAAGGAGUUGCUUCCGCCACCUGAACAGCUGGAAGGCGGAUUGAAAGAGAUUCGCAACAUAGUUUACAUGAAGCCCGACCUGGGCUUCUUUCGAUGUUUAUCAGGUAGAGACCUGUGA